AUGUAUCGUCAGCGGCAAAAGGAAACCUUACUAGCGGAAAACGCUGAUGCAUCUCAAGGAGCCCAGUCACAACAAGUGAAAGACCUCAUGAACUUCAUUCGAGUUCAGAUAGAAAUACGGGAGGAAAGCGGUCUCGAGGAAGCGACAUCGUCCACAAGCCGGCGGCAUCCGCAGCGAGAAUUCCGGCCACCACAACCACCCCUGCCAUCCGCUGCGGCUUUAUCAGCCGAAGUUCGACCCCCCUACUCGCGCCCCUGCCUGCUGUGCAACUCGCCCGAACACACUAUUCAGGAGUGCUCCGAACGCCUCACUCCGGAAGAAAAACGAAGGAGGCUUCAGGUGGACAAGCUGUGCUUCCGCUGCGCCAAACGCAACCACUUCGCCAACGAUUGCCGAACCUCCAGAUCCCUGCAGUGCCACCAAUGCGCUGGACGGCAUUUGACUUCGCUAUGCGACAUCAACAACGUCAGGAACCGGUCACAGCGUACCGGCAACGCCUCGGCACCACAAGACCGCGCAUCAGGGUCUGCCACAACCCCAUAUCGUGCAACUUCAGUGUCAACCAGCGGCGCUGGUCUCACGCCCGUGCUGCUGCAGACUGGCAGAGCGUGGGCUAUCGCGCCAGAAAAGACAGUGCUGGUUCGCUUCCUGCUCGACACAGGAAGUCAACGCUCUUUCGUUAGGCAGGACAUCGCUCGUGCCUUGAAGUGUCCCGUUCGCGGCACUGAGCGUCUUACCUUGUUCACUUUCGGGAAAACGCAACGUCCCGCGACUCUGACUUGUGAACGCGUUGCGGUGACGCUUCGGAGCCAACAUAGCAGUAACGAGACCACCAUAGAAGCUCUGGCAAUACCAGAAAUUAGCCCAGUGACAAGUCCACCAGCAGACGGCGAGCUCGUCACCAUGAUGACACGGCAAGGUAUGCUCCCGGCUGAUGCACAUCCAGAAGCGACAACAUUCCAGGAGGACGAGAUCAGUGUAUUAAUAGGAUCGGACAUCUACUGGGACGUGGCAACCGGACAAAUCGCACGGCUUUCCCCUAAGAUAACAGCGGCAGAAACCCUUUUUGGAUGGACCAUUCAGCGUACUCUGAGCAACCUAUCGCAAGGAUCGAGAACGCGAGCUACUUCUCUCUUCAUUGCUGUCGAAGAAGCCACUGAAAGCGAUACCGCCCUGGACAUGCGAAUUGCCAACUUAUGGUGCAUCGACUCUUUAGGGGUGCAAGAAAGUCCUGACGGCAACCAAAGCGACAGCAUCGCCCUUGAAUUGUUCGAAAGUGAUGUGUCCAAGAAAGGAGAGCGCUACGAGGUUCCCCUUCUUCUUCGGGAGCCAGGUCUGGAAACCGGCCAAAGCAACUACGACCUCGCUAAACAGCGGCUACUGAUGCAGCUCCGUCGCUUCCGACAGCAACCAGAUCUUCUUGUUCGUUAUGACGACACCAUCAAGGCAUAUUUCAACGAAUCACACGCAGAACGAGUUCCAGACAACGACACGGUGCCUAAGCCCAACACGUACUACAUGCCGCAUCAUGGAGUAAUUCGUCGUGAUGCCGUCACCACCAAGCUUCGGGUUGUUUUUGACGCGUCAUCUCAUGCUCCCGGUCAACCACCCCUGAACAACGUACUCAUGAAAGGGCCCAAGAUGGAUGCCGACUUACUUAAACUUUUGCUCAACUUCAGAAUGCAUCCAAUCAUCAUGGUGGCUGACAUUAAGAAGGCCUACCUUCAAAUCAGCAUUCGCCCGGAGGACAGAGAUGCGCUGCGCUUCCUAUGGGUUGCUCAUCUCCCGACGGAAGACGAACCAUUUCCGCCAAUCGUUCACUGGCGAAUGACCCGCGUGCCCUUCGGAGCUAAGUCCAGCCCCUUUCUCCUAGCAGCAACGUUACAUCACCAUUUCCGAGUAUCCGAAGAGAUUCUCCGAAACAGUGGAAUGCCUCCGACAGUCAUUUUACGUCGAUGA